AUGCAUCUCUCAACUAUAAGCGUGCUUCUUUUAGCUGCCCUAACAGAGGCCGCGCCCUUCGUUGCUCCUAACGGACAUAAUAUAAACAAGGAGCCGGAUUACCCCAAAAGAUGCUACCCCAAUCCCUGCAAAGGAGUGACCUACGUGAACGCUACUGCUGUUUGCGGUGACCCACGACUUGGUCCGAAGAACCUCCCUAAAUUCUUCCCUCUCUCCAACCAGGUCGAGACAUACGCCCGCUUUGGCGAGCUCUGCCCAUUUGAGUUCCUUGAGAAAUGGACCCUGAACGCUUCCGAUCCAAAGGGGUACUGGGUCUAUCCAGACAACGAAGGAUUUGCCAUCACAUCCAAAAACGAGUCUAUCCUCGGAAAUUUCACACUCCAAGUGGGUCAGAAGCUUGAUAGAUUUGGCUCUGAGUAUGGAACGUUCCUGGCGCCUCUUGGAGCUCCAUAUAUUGAGCGAUCUCUGCCACCAUCCAAUCUUUUCGCGCCAUCUGACAGCAGCUUCCCGUACAACUACCAUGUCUACGAGGUGGUCAAGGAGUUUGACGUUCUCUUGGGACCCAUUGCGCCUUGGUUUGAGCAGCCUGGGUUUGGGUCGCAGAUUUUGGCUCAGUCCAGAGUGAUGGAUCUGGUGACAGGUGGAUUCUUGAAAAGACUGGAAUUGCAAGAUUAUGAUGAAGCUGAUGAAUACUCUGCGAGCUAUCUGCCUGCUCCCCCCAAGAAAUCUUCCACCUAG